AUGGCUACUUCAUCUAAGAAAAAUAUACUUUUGACCUAUCGUGACAUUUGGAAUAUCGAUGAGUCCCUGCCACUUUACAAAACUCUUUCUCCAAAAGUUAACUUCAUAAAAUACAAGAUCACCACUAAGCAUGAUUUCAAGAGGUUCUUAGAAAACAGUACAAUUAAUGGAUGGUGGAUUAAUGAAGAAUUUUUUGACCUAUUAGGCAACCCUAGUGACUACUGGAAUCAAUACCCUGAAUCAUUGAAAGCAAUAUUGGUUCCAUGGGUAGGAUGUGAAUUCAUCGAUGGUGCAAAACUGUGGAAGGAAAAACAAAUUCUACUCUGUAAUAUUGGUAAUAAUGCAGCAACUAACGUAGCAGAUAUGGCAAUAUUCUUAACUAUAAGUUGCUUUAGGCUGACUACUGCUUGGGAAUAUUGUCUAAGAUUUUUGGAGCAUGGUGAUAUUAAGAAUUGUAAAACUUAUAUCGGAGGCUCUGAUAAGCCUCAGUUGACAAUGUGGACUAGGGAUUCAGAUGCUGAACAUGUAAGCAUACAAAUGCCAAGUAAAGUUAACUAUUCUUCAUCUGACAAGCAAGUAUUCAAUAUGCAUAACAAUUACACAAUACUGGGGAAAGAGUUAGAAUCACCAACAAAUAAAAAUGUGUUGAUCUUGGGAUUCGGCGCAAUUGGAAGGAAUAUUGGUAAGAGAUUACAUUACUGUUUCGAUGCACAUAUAUACUAUUUCAAAAGGUCUGGCGCUGUUCAUCCAAGUUCACUAAAUUAUCCAGCUCAUUAUUGCCCUUCUUUAACUGACAGAACAACAUGGGAGAAUAUAGAUCUAAUAGUUCUUUCAUUACCUUCAAAUAAGGAUUCUAACGAUUUAAUAUGCACAAAAACUCUUGCCAUGUGUAAGAAUGGUGUAAGAAUAGUAAAUGUAGGACGUGGAUCAUGCAUUAAUGAAGAGGAUUUGAUUGACGCAUUGAAUACAGGGAAAGUGAGUUCAUGUGGACUUGACGUGUAUAAAGACGAAUCAAAGCCAAUAAAAAAAGAGCUAUUAGAAAGGAUAGAUAUCACCUUAAUGCCACACAUAGGCAGUGAUGUAAAAGAUAUGAUUGAAAGACAAACUGUGGCUACUUUAGAAAAUAUUGAAGAUAUAUUUCUUCAUAAUGGUAAAGGGAAGUACACUAUCAAUCUCCCAAAAUAA